GCGCCCGACUCCGCCGUGGGCCGCGAGCGCGCGGGCAGCCAGAGGUGCUCGAGCCUCCCGCCGGUUUGCAGCUCAGCGGCCGUGCUGGAGCUCUCCCAUCGCACCCCAGUGCGGGCGGCUCCGGCGGCAGACAGGGCUAGGCGCGCGCCCAGGGUCCGGCUCCCGAAGUAAACGGCGCACCGGGCAGCGAUGACCGCGGAGGAGAUGAAGGCAGCGGAGAGCGGGGCGCAGUCGGUGCCGCUGCCCCUGGAGGGAGUGGACAUCAGCCCCAAGCACGACGAAGGCGUGUUGAAGGCCGUGGAAGACGAUGGAGCGGUGCAUGCCGGGACCUGUAGUUCCCUGCCUACCUUCGUUCCACCUCUACCCCUCUCCACUCUCUUUCCCCCACCUCAUCUUCGGGAGUUGGGGCUUCGGGGCGUGGGACCGGGAGGAGGUGCUUUACUUUGGAACCUGCUGCUGAGUAACCGCCUGACUGCAAAUAGCCAGAGGCGCGGCGGGGGAGGGGUCUAGGACUCUGGGGGCAGGGCAUCUUGACCUGUGUCAGGACAACCCCAGGCGCUUCAGAGCAGGUUGUAGCAGAGAGUCCAGGAUGGCGAAAUCCUCGCCCGCGAUUCAUGCCCUCUCCCCAUGCCUUGUUUCACCUCAUCCUGCCUUCCUGCUGCUCAGAUCUACACAUGUGUGUGACCUGAGCAAAGCUAGGGACCUUGGGGAAGUCAAGCCCCUUCUCUAACUGUUCUCCCUGUGGGCUGCUGUUUCCCCCUCUCUCUCCAGCAUCCGGGUGAUUUCUACAAGGUUAUUAUUCCAGGAAGGGUUAUUUACCUUUUAUUGUCCCCUUUCACCUUUUGUUUUCAAGUCCCCAGUCCAUUCUAGCAUGGGAGCUUCCUCAGAGGUCUGUGGGAUCCCCUUUUAUAAAUGCUAAAGAGGACAAUAGAGGUCUGUAAGUUCCUGGGAAAUACACUAGUCUUGAAAUAAAGGACUUAACUAGCCUCCUGGUUAGGAAUACUUAUAUCCCAAGUCAGAACUUAGGGCCUGAUUUGAGAACCUCUGUGCUUGUCUAUAACCUGUAUUUCUUUUUCUUUUACCCUUUCUGGAUGUUCCUAUUCUCUUCAUUACUCAUUUUCCUCUCAUUCUCCUAGUUCCAAAGCAGACCCUGAUCUGAUGACCACUGGCGUUUAGGAAGAACAAAGACUUGUAACAUGAGUACUUCCCCCUUCACUGAUGAACGUGAUAAUCUUUUAGUCAACGCUUUAUGGAUUUAAUCCUCCAACAACUCUAGAAGAUGGGGAUUAUUAGCCCCAUGUUACAAAUAAGGUUUAGAGAGUUUAAGCGACUUAAACUUCAAGAUCGUACAACAAAAAUUUUAACUUGGGUUUUCAAGCCAAGUCAUGCUGCAUCUCAAGAAAGGUGGGGGAGAUUAGCUGCAAAGUCACCAAGCUACUAGGAUCAGAAUCAUUUGAGGACUGGUCGUUUAGCCCACUUAUAAGUAGGCAGGGGCAAGUGGAAGCAGACGAGUCCGUCUGUGUUCCCUUCAGAGGUAUGCUGGCUGUUUGGGUUCCCCUUUCUUGGCCAUCCCUGGGGUGUGGACUUUCUCCCCUUCUUCCCAGGUCAUCAAGCGAGAGGGCACAGGCACAGAGAUGCCCAUGAUUGGGGACCGGGUGUUUGUCCACUACACUGGCUGGCUGUUAGAUGGCACCAAGUUUGACUGCAGUCUGGACCGCAAGGACAAAUUCUCCUUUGACCUGGGAAAAGGGGAGGUCAUCAAGGCUUGGGACAUCGCUAUAGCCACCAUGAAGGUGGGGGAGGUGUGCCACAUCACCUGCAAACCGGAAUAUGCCUAUGGUUCAGCAGGCAGCCCUCCAAAGAUUCCCCCCAAUGCCACACUUGUGUUUGAGGUGGAGCUGUUCGAGUUCAAGGGAGAAGACCUGACAGAAGACGAAGAUGGUGGAAUCAUCCGCAGAAUACGGACUCGGGGUGAAGGCUAUUCCAGGCCCAACGAGGGGGCUAUUGUGGAGGUCACAGUGGAAGGGUACUACAAGGACCAGAUUUUUGACCGUCGGGAGCUCCACUUUGAGAUUGGUGAGGGGGAGAGCCUGGACCUGCCUUUUGGGUUGGAGAAAGCCAUUCUGCGCAUGGAGAAAGGAGAACAUUCCAUUGUGUACCUCAAGCCCAGCUAUGCUUUUGGCAGCAUUGGAAAGGAGAAAUUCCAGAUCCCACCAGAGGCCGCGGUGAGAUACGAAGUGCACCUGAAGAGUUUUGAGAAGGUCAAGGAGUCCUGGGAAAUGAGCUCAGAGGAGAAGCUGGAGCAGAGCACCAUUGUGAAAGAGAGGGGCACGGUGUACUUCAAGGAAGGCAAGUACAAGCAAGCUGUACUGCAGUACAAGAAGAUUGUGUCCUGGCUGGAGUACGAGUCGAGUUUCUCCAGUGAGGAAGUGCAGAAGGCACAGGCCCUUCGACUGGCCUCCCACCUCAACCUGGCCAUGUGUCAUCUGAAGCUCCAGGCCUUCUCGGCUGCCGUUGAAAGCUGCAACAAGGCCCUGGAACUGGACAGCAAUAAUGAGAAGGGCCUCUUCCGCCGGGGAGAGGCCCACCUGGCAGUGAAUGACUUUGACCUGGCACGGGCUGACUUCCAGAAGGUCUUGCAGCUCUACCCCAGCAACAAAGCCGCCAAGGCCCAGCUGGUUGUUUGCCAGCAGCGGACCCGCAAGCAGCUCGCGCGGGAGAAGAAGCUUUAUGCCAACAUGUUUGAGAGGCUGGCUGAGGAAGAAAGCAAGGUCAAGGCAGGCGUAGCUGCAGGAGACCAUCAUAAAGACACAGACUUGAAGGACGAGCAGAAAAACGAUGUGGCGGGGAGCCAGCCCCAGGUGAAGACAGAAGCGUAGCGUCUCCCCAGCCCUCCUCCUGGGGCUGCCUGCCUCCCCGGCUCCCGGCCCUCCACCACCCUAUUAGUUUUGUAAAAACUGAAGAAUUUUGAGCGAAUUAGACCUUUAUUUUUCUAUCUGGUUGGAUGGUGGCUUUGGGGGGAAGGAGGAAAGGAGUAGGCUGGGGAGAUGGCGGUGGGGGGUAAUUUUUAGGUGGUGUCUCCCCCUAUUCCCUUCCCCCUUCCCCCUUCCCCCAUUACACAUAAACAUAUGUCCACCCACACGAACUCAUCAGAAUGUUAAUUUAUUUUGCUUCCUCUGUUUGCUAGGUCCAUUUUUCAAAUGGUAGAAGGGGGCGAGUGGUAGGGACAGGGGCAGAUGUGAGACGAGGGUGGAGAGGGAGACUCUCAGGCAGCUGUUUCCUCAUCCUUUCCUCCCAGUCCCUUUCCAGACAUGUGGCCUCCGUGUGGGUGCUAGGGGCAUGGGAAAGCUCUGCUGUGCCCGUUCCUUCUCUUUUCCCUUCCUCACCCCAGAUGGUGUGGCUGAUGGUGUCUUCUGGUGUCAUGGUGACCACCCCCAUUCCCCCUUCCAGCGUUCCCCCUCCUGUGAGUUUCCCUUCUUGGCCAAGCUGCGUCCCUCCCCCACCCUCUUCAGCCUCUUCUCUGCAUGUUGCUGAAGGUCCAGGCUCUCCUCAAGUUCCAUGCUUGAGCAAUAAAGUGGAAACAAUGAAA